UAAAAGCCUUAAAAAUCUCGUUGCGAAUGUAUUGUGGUCACGCUGAGGCUCCGUAGGUGAUGUUCCUGUGAGACGGUGUGUAGCGGUGUGAAGAUGGCCCCCAAAUCCAUGGAAUCAACAGCCAGGAAAAUUUUCAAAGGAGUUAUUUUUCUGGAGGUUGCUGGUGUGUUUGCAGCCUAUGGGCUAUUUCUUAAAAUGAACUCAAGUCGAGAUUUCAGAGGUACAAUGAACAAAUACCUUCCAUCCGUUCUUGAAGUUUUUUACAAGGCCAACGAGUGGUCUGGAGUAUAUGGCAUUCGGGAAGCAGAUCAGGACGCGUGGUCUAAGCAAGAUUAAAUACACAAACACAUGAGGACAGCUGACUUUUCAUUUCUUUUUUCCAACAGUUCUUUUGCCUGUUUUGGGCUUUCCAAAUGUUUUCCUCUUAUUGAACAUCGCCUUUUUUCUCCGGAUUGUUUUAACAUCGCGUCCUUGAAUCCAGUCAUCACGCUUGGAUUCCCAUUUCAGCUGCUUGACACCUGAAUGAGGGGAAAAUUGGGGGAGAAUGAGUGGGCUGAGUCAGAUAUUGUGGACACUGACUAGUAUCAGUCACCCUAUUUUAAUAACCAAUAUAUUGUAUCACUACUGACAAAAUAACAAAAAAAAUUUUGAUUAGUGAUUUCUUGGUAAUUGAACUGUUUCUUAAGUACAUAUUUAAUCAAAAACACAUUUAAAAACCAUCACCAUCCAGUCAGUUGAUCAGUACAGUAAAAAAACUAUUGAAUAAGUACAGCAGCAAAUAAUGAGCAUAACAAAUGGUUGAUCACUAUAAUAAUUAUUAUAUGCUAACCAGACCUGGACAUUUGUCAGCAUUACAGAACUGUGUGUGAUUCUUUUUGAAGGAACUUGGCUAGCAUCUAGCCAUUUGAAUAAAUAAUUUAAAUCCGUGA